AUGGUGACCAAGUUCUAUCAGCAUGUCCUGUCCCUGGCAUUUGCUGUUGACAAGAUCAACGAGAAUUCCAAGAUCUUGCCCAACAUCACUCUCGGGUUCCACAUCUAUGACAGCUAUGCCAAAUCAAGGAUGACCUACCGUGCCACUCUGGACCUGCUCUUUAAAUCACAUCAGUUUGUCCCCAACUACAGAUGUGACAUCAAAGAAAAUGUAAUAGGAGUCAUUGGGGGGCUGAGUUCUGACAUCUCUUCCUGCAUGGCAGAUAUCCUGGGUCUUUACAAGAUUCCACAGAUUUCAUUUGGCUCAUUUCAACCAACACUGAAUUAUCCAGCUCAUUUCAUUUCAUUUUACCGUAUGGUUCCUAAUGAAGACCUUCAGUACCAAGGAAUCAUUGAGUUAUUUCAACACUUCAAAUGGAAAUGGAUAGGGCUCAUUGCUCAGGAUGAUGAAGGUGGAGAACGUUUCUUGCAAACCAUAGAGCCCAUGCUUUACAAGAAUGGAAUCUGUUCAGCAUUCACAGACAGAAGCAAAAAAACUAUGCAUUUGUCCAGCGAUGCACAUGAAUUGAUUGACAAUAUACGCCUUAAAAUGCCAGCUUUCAUAUCAAGCAAAGCCAAUGCAGUUCUGAUAUAUGGAGAAAGUGCAGCUAUAACAUUUACAGGAAAUACUAUAGCAGCAUCCAGAAUAAUGCAAGUAAUAUUUUCUCAACACAGAUCUAGAGCUAAAGUUUGGAUUACCACAGCCCAAAUAGAUUUUCCAUUAUAUAGAUGGCAAAGCUUAAUUACCACAGAUAUACAAACAUUUCAUGGUGCUAUCUCGUUUGCAAUUCACACAGAAGAGAUUCAAGACUUCAAAUACUUUCUUCGGGGUGUAUAUCCUAAUUGGGCAAAGGAAGAUGGUUUUAUAAAAGAUUUCUGGCAACAAGCAUUCAGUUGUUCAUUCUCCAAUGUGUCAACAAACACUGGAGAAAUAUGUACAGAAGAGGAAAUGCUGGAAAGCCUUCCUACACCUUAUUUUGAAAUGAGCAUGACUGGCCACAGCUACAGCAUCUAUAAUGCUGUGUAUGCUCUUGCACAUGCCUUACAUAUCACAAACUCAGCUAAAGCCAGCCACAAGGAAGUAGGAGGCAGCUUCUCUCCACAAAAUACGGAAGCCUGGCAGCUCCAUUCAUUUCUUCAGAGGAUCUCAUUCAACAACAGUGCUGGAGAUGAUAUUACGUUUAAUGAACAUGGAGAAUUAGUAGCUGGAUUUGAUAUUACAAACUUGGUCACUUUCCCAAAUCAGUCCUUCAUCAGGGUCAAAGUGGGAAGGCUGGAUCCUCAGGCACCUCCUGGGGAAAAACUCACCAUUGAUGAAGGCAGAAUCAAAUGGCAAAGAGGCUUGACUCAGGUGCCACCCCUUUCAGUAUGCAAUGACUAUUGCCCUCCUGGUUACAGGAAGAAAAAGAAGGAGGGGCAGAAGUUUUGCUGCUAUGAUUGUGCUGCAUGUCCAGAUGGGAUGUUCUCAAAUGCAGAGGACGUGGAAACUUGUGUUACGUGUCCAGAUGAUCAAUAUCCAAACAAAGGUCAGGAUCAAUGCAUUCCUAAGAUUCCAAACUUUCUAGCAUUUGAUGACACUCUGGCUAUUGCUCUAACCUCCUCUGCGGUUUUCUUGUCCCUGAUCACAUUUCUGGUGCUUGUCAUUUUCAUUAAAUAUCGAGACACUGCCAUAGUCAAAGCGAACAACAGAAGCCUCACCUACAUUCUCCUCAUCUCCCUUCUCUUGUGUUUCCUCUGCUCUUUGCUGUUCCUCGGAAGGCCUAAUGAAGCAACCUGCCUUCUGCGACAAACUUCUUUUGGCAUCAUCUUCUCUGUGGCCCUCUCUAGUAUCUUGGCCAAAACCAUAUCUGUGGUUUUGGCAUUCAUGGCUACCAAGCCAGGAUCAAGGAUGAGGAAAUGGGUGGGGAAACGACUAGCUUAUUCUAUUAUUCUAUCUUGCUCCCAUAUUCAAGGGGGAAUCUGUGCUCUCUGGUUGGCAACAUCUCCACCAUUCCCAGAUUUGGAUACACAGACAAUUACUCAUCAAAUUGUAUUCUUAUGUAAUGAAGGGUCAGUCCUAAUGUUCUACUGUGUCUUGGGCUUUAUGGGCUUCCUGGCCAUUAUCAGCUUCACUGUAGCUUUCCUAGCCAGGAAGUUGCCUGACAGCUUUAAUGAAGCCAAGUUCAUCACCUUCAGCAUGCUGGUCUUCUGCAGUGUUUGGCAAUCAUUUGUCCCAACCUACCUGAGCACAAGUGGGAAAUACAUGGUGGCUGUGGAGAUCUUUUCCAUCUUGGCUUCCAGUGCUGGGUUGUUGGGUUGUAUCUUUUUUCCAAAAUGCUAUAUUAUUCUGGUGAGACCUGAGUUGAACAACAGAGAACAACUUGUACGAAAGAAGAGAUAA